AUGGCCAACCUCCUCAACGCCAUCCGCAGGAUCAUAGAAACCUUCCAUAGUUACAGCAGCAGGAGCGCCCCCUGUGACAAGCUGAACAUGGACGAGUUCAACAGUCUCAUCCAGACGCAGUUCGCUGAUGUCAUUGAGGAUUCUAAUGACCCACACACAAUUCAAGGUAUCCUACGUGCUUUGGAUGAAAACAAUGAUGGGGAAGUGGACUUUAAAGAGUUUUUGGAAUUAGUUUCUAGAGUUGCAGUGGCCUAUUUUGAAGCACUGAGAACCAAGAAAGGUUGUCAAAUAUGCGCGUCCAAAAAAAGUUUACCACUGCAAACUCCAGCGUCUUCAAAAACACCUGAACCUACACAGAAGCAAGAUCCCACUCAGAAACAAGAUCUAAUACAGAAGCAAGAUCACACUCAGAAACAAGACCAAACAAAAAAACAAGAUCCACCUCAGAUGCAAGAUCCCAUGCAGAAACAGGAACCAACUCAGACACAUGAACCAAAUCAGAAAAAAGACCCAACUCAGAAACAAGAUCAAACUCAGAAACAUGAUACAGCACAGAAGCAAGAUCCAACUCAGAAGCAUGACUCAACUGAGAAACAUGAACCUACUGAGAAACAUGAACCAACUAAGGAACAUGAAAUAACUCAGAAACAUGAACCAACUAAGGAACAUGAAAUAACUCAGAAACAUGAACCAACACAGAAGCAAGAUUCCAAACCAAAAGAUGACCAACAAAAACAUCAUUUCACAUGCAAAAAAGACCUAACAAAGAAGCAACCUCAGAAAGAUGAACCAACACUAAAACAAGAUCCAACUGAGAAACAUGAACCAACUGAGAAACACCAACCUACUCAAAAACAAGACCCAACUAAGAAACAUGAACCAACUGAGAAACAUGAAUAUACUGAGAAACAUGAAUCAACUGAGAAGCAUCAACUUACUCAGAAGCAUGACCAAAUUCAGAAACAUGAAACAACUGAGAAAGAAGACCCAACUCAGAAACAUGAAACAACUCAGAAACAUGAACCAACUAAGAAGCAAGACGUAACUCUGAAACAUGAGCCAACACUAAAACAAGACCCAACCCAGAAGCAUGAACCAACUAAAAAGCAUGACCCAACUGAGAAACAUGAACCUACUGAGAAACAUGAACCAACUCAGAAGCAUGACCCAACUCAGAAGCAUGAAACUGAGAAACAAGAUUCAACUAAGAAACAUGACCCAACUCAGAAAUAUGACCCAACUGAGAAACAUGAACCAACUAAGAAACAGGAACCAACUCAGAAGCAUGACAUAACUCAGAAAUAUGAAGCAACCGAGAAACAUGAACUAAGUCAGAAACAUGAACCAACUCAGAAGCAUGACCCAGCUCAGAAACAAGAUCCAAAACAGAAGCAAGAUUCAAAACUAAAAGAAGAUGACACACAAAAACAUGAUUUCACUUGCAAAAAACACGUAACACUGAAAGAUGACCUAUCCCAGAAGCAUGAACUAACUAAGAAACAUGAACCUACUCAGAAACAUGAACCAACUGAGAAACAUGAACCAACUAAAAAGCAUGACCCUACUCAGAAACAUGAACCAACUGAGAAACAUGAACCUACAGAGAAACAUGAACCAACUAAGAAGCAUGACCCAACUCAGAAACAUGAAAUAACUGAGAAACAUGAACUAACUCAGAAACAUGACAUAACUCAGAAACAUGAAACAACUGAGGCACAAGACUCAAAUAAGAAACAUGAACCUACUCAGAAACAAGAUUCAAAACUAAAAGAUGACACACAAAAACAUGAAUUCACAUGCAAAAAACACGUAACUCUGAAACAUGAACCAACAACAAAACAAGACCCAACCCAGAAGCAUGAACCAACUGAGAAACAUCAACCUACUCAGAAACAUGAACCAACUGAGAAACAUGAAUCAACUCAGAAGCAUGACCCAAAUAAAAAGCAUGAUCCAACUCAGAAACAUGAACCAACUGAGAAACAUGAACCUACUGAGAAAGAUGAACCUACUAAGAAGCAUGACCAAACUCAGAAACAUGAAUCAACUGAGAAACAAGACUCAACUAAGAAACAUGACCCAAAUAAAAAGCAUGAUUCAACUGAGAAACAUGAACCAACUGAGAAACAUGAACUAACUCAAAAACAUGACAUAACUCAGAAACAUGAAACAACUGAGGAACAGGACUCAACUAAGAAACAUGAACCAACUCAGAAACAAGAUUCAAAACUAAAAGAAGAUGACACACAAAAACAUGAUUUCACAUGCAAAAAACACGUAACUCUGAAACACGAACCAACGCUAAAACAAGACCCAACCCAGAAGCAUGAUCCAACUGAGAAACAUGAACUAACUAUGAAGUAUGACCCAACUAAAAAGCAUGACCCAACUGAGAAACAAGGACCAUCUGAGAAACAUGAACCUACUGAGAAACAUGAACCAACUCAGAAGCAUGACCCAACUAAGAAACAUGAACCAACUAAGAAACAAGACCCAACCCAGAAGCAUGAAUUAACUGAGAAACAUGAACCAACUCAGAAGUAUGACCCAAGUAAAAAGCAUGACCCAACUGAGAAACAUGAACCAACUGAGAAACAUGAACCAACUGAGAAACAUGUACCUACUGAGAAACAUGAACCUACUGAAAAACAUGAACCAACUCAGAAACAUGAACCAACGCAGAAACAUGAAACAACUGAGAAACAAGGCUUAACUAAGAAACAUGACCAAACUCAGAAACAUGACAAAAGUGAGAAACACGAGCAUACUCAGAAACAUGAGCCAACGGAGAAACAUGAACCAACUCAGAAACAUGAACCAACUCAGAAGCACGACCCAACUCAGAAGCAUGACCCAAAUCAGAAACAUAAAUCAACUGAGAAACAUGAACCCACUAAGAAACAAGACCCAACUAAGAAACAUGAACUAACUGAGAAGCAUGACCCAACUCAGAAACAUGAUCCAGCACAGAAGCAAGAUCCUACUGAGAAACAUGAACCUACUGAAAAACAUGAGCCAACUCAGAAACAUGAACCAACUCAGAAACAUGAACCAACUCAGAAAUAUGAAACAGCUGAGAAACAAGGCUUAACUAAGAAACAUGACCAAACUCAGAAACAUGACAAAAGUGAGAAACACGAGCCUACUCAGAAACAUGAGCCAACUGAGAAACAUGAACCAACUCAGAAGCAUGACGCAACUCAGAAACAUGAAACAACUGAGAAACAGGACCCAACUAAGAAACAGGAAUCAGCUCAGAAACAUGAACCAACACAGAAGCAAGAUUCAAAACUAAAAGAAGAUGACACACAAAAACAUGAUUUCACAUGCAAGAAAUACCCAACUCAGAAACAUGAACCUACACUAAAACAAGACCCAGCUGAGACACAUCAACCUACUCAGAAACAUGAACCAACUGAGAAACAUGAACCAACUCAGAAGCACGACCCAACUCAGAAGCAUGACCCAAAUCAGAAACAUAAAUCAACUGAGAAACAUGAACCCACUAAGAAACAUGAACCAACUCAGAAACAUGAACCAACUGAGAAACAAGACCCAACUAAGAAACAUGAACUAACUGAGAAGCAUGACCCAACUCAGAAACAUGAUCCAGCACAGAAGCAAGAUUCAAAACUAAAAGAUGACACAAAAAAACAUGAUUUCACAUGCAAAAAAGACCCAACUGAGAAACAAGACCCAACCCAGAAGCAUGAACCAACUGAGAAACAUGAACCAACUCAGAAGUAUGACCCAAGUAAAAAGCAUGAUCCAACUGAGAAACAUGAACCAACUGAGAAACAUGUACCUACUGAGAAACAUGUACCUACUGAAAAACAUGAGCCAACUGAGAAACAUGAACCAACUCAGAAGCAUGAUGCAACUGAGAAACAUGAAACAACUGAGAAACAAGACCCAACUAAAAAACAUGAACCAGCUCAGAAACAUGAACCAACACAGAAGCAAGAUUCAAAACUAAAAGAAGAUGACACACAAAAACAUGAUUUCACAUGCAAGAAAUACCCAACUCAGAAAAAUGAACCUACACUAAAACAAGACCCAACUGAGACACAUCAACCUACUCAGAAACAUGAACCAACUGAGAAACAUGAACCAACUCAGAAGCACGACCCAACUCAGAAGCAUGACCCAAAUCAGAAACAUAAAUCGACUGAGAAACAUGAACCAACUCAGAAACAUGAACCAACUCAGAAACAAGACCCAACUAAGAAACAUGAACUAACUGAGAAGCAUGACCCAACUCAGAAAUAUGAUCCAGCACAGAAGCAAGAUUCAAAACUAAAAGAUGACACAAAAAAACAUGAUUUCACAUGCAAAAAAGACCCAACUGAGAAACAUGAACCUACACUAAAACAAGACCCAACAGAGAAACAUCAUACUACUCAGAAACAUGAACCAGUUGAGAAACAUGAACCAACUAAGAAGCACGACCCAACUCAGAAGCAUGACCCAAAUCAGAAACAUAAAUCAACUGAAAAACAUGAACCAACUGAGAAACAUGAAACAACUGAUAAACAAGACCCAACUAAGAAACAUGAACUAACUCAGAAGCAUGAUCCAACUGAGAAACAUGAUCCAGCACAGAAGCAAGAUUCAAAACUAAAAGAUGACACAAAAAAACAUGAUUUCACAUGCAAAAAAGACCCAACUGAGAAACAUGAACCUACACUAAAACAAGACCCAAAGGAGAAACACCAUCCUACUCAGAAACAUGAACCAACUGAGAAACAUGAAACAACUGAGAAGCAUGACCCAGCUCAGAAGCAUGACCCUAGUGAGAAACAUGAACCAACUAAGAAACAUGAACCAACUCAGAAACAUGAAUCAACUGAGAAACAAGACCCAACUAAGAAACAUGAACUAACUCAGAAACAUGACAUAACUGAGAAACAUGAACCAACUCAAAAGCAUGACCCAACUCAGAAACAUGAAACAACUGAGAAACAAGACCCAACCAAGAAACAUGAGCCAACUCAGAAGCAAGAUUCAAAACUAAAAGAUGACGCUAAAAAACAUGAUUUCACAUGCAAAAAAGACCCAAAUGACAAACAUGAACCAAUUCAGAAGCAUGAACCAACUGAGAAGCAUGACCCAACUCAGAAACAUGAAACAACUGAGAAACAAGACCCAACUAAGAAACAUGAACUAACUCAGAAGCAUGACUCAACUCAGAAACAUGAUCCAGCACAGAAACAAGAUUCAAAACUAAAAGAUGACACAAAAAAACAUGAUUUCACAUGCAAAAAAGACCCAACUGAGAAACAUGAACCUACACUAAAACAUGACCCAAUGGAGAAACAUCAUACUACUCAGAAACAUGAACCAGUUGAGAAACAUGAACCAACUAAGAAGCACGACCCAACUCAGAAGCAUGACCCAAAUCAGAAACAUAAAUCAACUGAGAAACAUGAACCAACUGAAACAACUGAUAAACAAGACCCAACUAAGAAACAUGAACUAACUGAGAAGCAUGACCCAACUAAGAAACAUGAACUAACUCAGAAACAUGAACCAACUCAGAAACAAGACCCAACUAAGAAACAUGAACUAACUGAGAAGCAUGACCCAACUCAGAAACAUGAUCCAGCACAGAAGCAAGAUUCAAAACUAAAAGAUGACACAAAAAAACAUGAUUUCACAUGCAAAAAAUACCCAACUGAGAAACAUGAACCUACACUAAAACAAGACCCAACAGAGAAACAUCAUACUACUCAGAAACAUGAACCAGUUGAGAAACAUGAACCAACUAAGAAGCACGACCCAACUCAGAAGCAUGACCCAAAUCAGAAACAUAAAUCAACUGAGAAACAUGAACCAACUGAGAAACAUGAAACAACUGAUAAACAAGACCCAACUAAGAAACAUGAACUAACUCAGAAACAUGAACCAACUGAGAAACAAGACCCAACUAAGAAACAUGAACUAACUGAGAAGCAUGACCCAACUCAGAAACAUGAUCCAGCACAGAAGCAAGAUUCAAAACUAAAAGAUGACACAAAAAAACAUGAUUUCACAUGCAAAAAAGAACCAACUGAGAAACAUGAACCUACACUAAAACAAGACCCAACAGAGAAACAUCAUACUACUCAGAAACAUGAACCAGUUGAGAAACAUGAACCAACUAAGAAGCACGACCCAACUCAGAAGCAUGACCCAAAUCAGAAACAUAAAUCAACUGAGAAACAUGAACCAACUGAGAAACAUGAAACAACUGAUAAACAAGACCCAACUAAGAAACAUGAACUAACUCAGAAGCAUGACCCAACUGAGAAACAUGAUCUAGCACAGAAGCAAGAUUCAAAACUAAAAGAUGACACAAAAAAACAUGAUUUCACAUGCAAAAAAGACCCAACUGAGAAACAUGAACCUACACUAAAACAUGACCCAAUGGAGAAACAUCAUCCUACUCAGAAACAUGAACCAACUGAGAAACAUGAAACAACUCAGAAGCAUGACCCAGCUCAGAAGCAUGACCCUAGUGAGAAACAUGAACCAACUAAGAAACAUGAAACCACUGAGAAACAAGACCCAACUAAGAAACAUGAACUAACUCAUAAGCAUGACCCAACUCAGAAACAUGAUCCAGCACAGAAGCAAGAUUCAAAACUAGAAGAUGACACAAAAAAACAUGAUUUCACAUGCAAAAAAGACCAAACUAAGAAACAUGAACCUACACUAAAACAUGACCAAAUGCAGAAACAUCAUCCUACUCAGAAACAUGAACCAACUGAGAAACAUGAAAUAACUCAGAAGCAUGACCCAGCUCAGAAGCAUGACCCUAGUGAGAAACAUGAACUAACUCAAAAACAUGAACUAACUCAGAAACAUGAAUCAACUGAGAAACAAGACCCAACUAAGAAACAUGAACUAACUCAGAAACAUGACAUAACUGAGAAACAUGAACCAACUCAAAAGCAUGACCCAACUCAGAAACUUGAAACAACUGAGAAACAAGACCCAACCAAGAAACAUGAACCAACUCAGAAGCAAGAUUCAAAACUAAAAGAUGACACAAUAAAACAUGAUUUCACAUGCAAAAAAGACCCAAAUGAGAAACAAGAACCAACACUAAAACAAGACCCAAAUGACAAACAUGAACCUACUCAGAAACAUGAACCAACUGAGAAACAUGAGCCAAUUCAGAAGCAUGACCCAACUCAGAAACAUGAAACAACUGAGAAACACGAACCUACUGAGAAACAUGAACCAACUGAGAAACAUGACACAAUUGAGAAACAUGAACCUACUAAGAAACAUGAAUUAACUGAGAAACAAGAACUAACUCAGAAGCAUGAUCCAACUAAAAAGCAUGACCCAACUCAGAAACAUGAACCAACUGAGAAACAUGAACCAAUUCAGAAACAUGACCCAAUUGAGAAACAUGAACCCGCUCAGAAACAUGAGCCAACUGAGAAACAAGAAGCAACUCAGAAACAUGAGCCAACUCAGAAGCAAGAUUCAAAACUAAAAGAUGACACAAAAAAUCAUGAUUUCACAUGCAAAAAAAACCCAACUGAGAAAUAUGAACCUACACUAAAACAAGACCCAACUGAGAAACAUCACCCUACUCAGAAACAUGGACCAACUGAGAAACAUGGACCAACUCAGAAGCAUGACCCAAUUCAGAAGCAUGAUCCAACUCAGAAGCAUGACCCAACUCAGAAACAUGAAACAACUGAGAAACAUGAACCAACUCAGAAACAUGACCUAAUUGAGAAACAUGAACCUGCUCAGAAACAUGAGCCAACUGAGGAACAUGAACCAACUCAGAAACAAGACCCAACUCAGAAACAUGAUCCAAUACAGAAGCAUGAUUUCACAUGCAAAAAAGACCUAACUCAUAAAUUUGAACCAGCACUGAAACAAGACCCAUCUGAGAAACAUCACCCUACUCAGAAACAUGAACCAACUGAGAAACAUAAACCAACUCAGAAGCAUGACCCAACUAAGAAUCAUGAUCCAACUCAGAAACAUGACCCAACUCAGAAACAUGACCUAACUGAGAAACAUGAACCUGCUCAGACACAUGAGCCAACUGAGAAACAAGAACCAACUCAGAAACAUGAGCCAACUGAGAAGCAAGAUUCAAAACUAAAAGAUGACACAAAAAAACAUGAUUUCACAUGCAAAAAAGACCCGACUGAGAAACAUGAACCUACACUAAAACAAGACCCAACUGAGAAACAUCACCCUACUCAGAAACAUGAACCAACUGAGAAACAUGAACCAACUGAGAAGCAUGACCCAACUAAGAAGCAUGAUCCAACUCAGAAGCAUGAGCCAACUCAGAAACACGAAACAACUGAGAAACAUGAACCUACUGAGAAACACGAACUAUCUAAGAAACAUGAACCAACUCAGAAACAUGACCUAAUUGAGAAACAAAAACCUACUCAGAAACAUGAACCAACUGAGAAGCAUGACUCAACUCAGAAGCAUGACCCAACUCAGAAGCAUGACCCAGCUGAGAAACAUGAACCAGCUGAGAAACAUGACCCAACUAAGAAGCAUGACCCAACUCAGAAACAUGAACCAACUGAGAAGCAAGACCCAACUCAGAAACAUGACCAAACUCAGAAGCAUGACCCAGCUGAGAAACGUGAACCAACUCAGAAACAUGAACUAACUCAGAAACAAGACCAAACUCAGAAACAUGAUGCAACACAUAAGCAAGAUCCAACUAAGAAACAUGAACCAACUCAGAAGCAUGACCCAACUAUGAAACAUGAAGCAACUGAGAAACAAGAUCCAACUAAGAAACAUGAACCAAUUCAGAAACAUGAAACAACUGAGAAACACGACCCAACUCAGAUGAAUGACCCAACCCAGAAACACGAUUUAACACCGAAUGUAACCUCAAAACAGGAACAAGAUGCCAAACAAAUACAUGAUGUAACCUUUAAAACUGACCCAGCAAAGAAGCAAGACCCAUCUCAGAAACAAGAUAUACCUCAUCAGGAUCCACAAAAAUAUUACUCCUAUUUCGAGCAAAGCUCAACCCAAAAGGACAACCUAAGCCAUGAUCUGCCACAGAGUCACCAUAUGCAGCAAUUCCUACAAAGAGAUAACAAGACAGCAUCACAGGUGGAACAUACUCAUGCGCAUUAUUCAUAUGAUCUACCUCCUCACUUCCAAACUGAGUUAAAAGAUGACUCUUAUGCACACAUGUUUCAAAGGCCACAGCAACACGCAGAGCACUGGCACGGGGCAAGUACAACCUCAAGCUAUUACCAAACCUCUUCUGAAGGACGGCAUACAACCUCAUCCUGGCCAGCACACGACCAACAACUAUCUAAAGAUUUGGGUUCAGCAACCACUGUUGGAAGUCACGAAGCUGAACUAAAAAACAAAGGGCAGUCCUGGUCGCAGAAUCCCUUAUACGUCCUUUCUCAGCAAUCUCCAGAAUUGAUUAGGAGUCGCCACCUUGCCCAGCAUUCCCCAACUGAGUUGCGUCACCCUGAGCUGCCUCAGCAACCUUCACCAAAACCACAGGAUGCUGAUGACAUACACCCGCUGUCCCAAUCAUCAGCUACUGGAGCUAAUGUCUCAGCACACACCAGUUCCACUGAGAAGGAGGAGAAGCAAAAAUCCACACAGAGGACCUUCAAGUGGCCAUGGAAGUGAUCACCAACAGGUUUCCCAUUGCCAUGGUUUAUUUAGUGGCCUUAUAAGGGAUUUAGAUUUAAAAAAGCUGAUUUUGUAAUGAUUAAUUCU